AUGGAUAUCGACGACAUCCUCCAGCAGGUCGACCCGACGACGGCCUCCAUCCCUCCGGAAACCCGUGACCUGCAAGCCCUCACGCGCGCCUGGAUCGCCGAACGCUCUGCCCCCGAGCUACUCGAAUGGCCACCCGACAACUUGUUUGAGCGCGUCAACGCUCGCAUCGCCCGCCAGAUCGAGACCAUUGAGGACAUGACGGGCGACAUGGAUCCCAAGACCAACUUUGCUCUCAUUGUCAUCCAGACGGAGCUCGAGCGCUUCAAGUUUCUCGUGCGAAGCUACAUCCGCGCGCGGAUCGCCAAGAUCGACAAGCACACGCUCUACUACCUCGCGAGCCCGGCGCUGCGCGCGCGCCUCUCGCCGACCGAGCUCGCCUACGCGACCCGCCACCAGGCCCUGCUGCACGACCACUACCUCUCCUCCUUCCUCUCGAGCUUCCCGCCGCAGCUGCAGAACCUCAACGACACGGCCGGCAUGACGAGCAUGAUCGACGGGCCCGACCUCGACGCCGCCGUCUUUGUGCGCCUGCUGCGCGACGCCACGGUCGAGGGCCGCGGCACCGACUCGGACGACGCCAUUGACGCCCGCUUUGGCGACGUGCUCAUCCUGCGGUGGUCGAGCGCCAGGGGCCUGGUCGAGACGGGGGUUGCUGAGCUGGCAUAG